CGAUCAUCGUCGAGUUCGUGAACCUCGUCGCCAUGGCUUUCACACUCCAUGAUGGUGGCGGUGGCAGCGGCGGCGGCAAACGGUAUCAAAAAGUGCAAACCCACUUAUUGCUGACGACAGGCGAGUUCUUGUUCCUGAUCUCGUUGCUGGGGCCGAACGCUACAUUGCGCAGAAACAAUUUCGUGAUUCCCAUCCAUUGGACCCCGAUGUUCUUCCUCAUUGUGGGACUCAUCAUCUUCAUGGACUUUACCACAUUCAUUAUUCUGGUUACAAAAGAUGCCGCUAGAAAGGAGUUUUCCAGAAAAGGGUGUUCGCAGCAUAGGACCGUUGAUUACACCAGUUAGUUGAAGAACCAUUUUGGCAAUGGGAAGAAGAAGAAUCUGUUUUGGAGUUUGCUUGAUGGACACCCAUAUCUGUUACCACGAUACAGGUAUUUGUUUAAAAAAAAGGUUAUAUUUUUCCGUCAUGUGAAAUUUGGUUUGAUUCUUUGAUGAAAUAACUGACAUUUAAAGUG